AGUGAGUGAGUGCCAAGGUUGCGCCCACCCAGCUUCCCCAGAUUCCAUCGUGCCGGGCUGCCGCAAGUGGAGCCCACGCGCGCUGACUUCAUUCCGCCCUCCUCCGCCCUCGGCGGCUCCGCCUACCCGCCGUCUACAUCCCCCCCGUCCCAAAAUCAUCUGAGCAUCGUACGUUUUUCUCGCCACCCUGCAAACCUCGAGCCCGUCACGUCUCCCGCCAGCCCUCCUCGCGCGUCUCUCCUGCCAAGCAAAGCGCUUGCCAUCCGCAAACUCUGGCUCGAUCCGCAACUCUAUUCACCUUGCUGCACACCACCUCCCGUCGUACGAUACCACUUAUAAGCCGCCAGCCAACCAGACCACGCCGCUCUCCUUAACUUUGAUACAAAAGCCAUGACGCAUCCCGCCAACGGCAACGGCCACAGCGAUGAGCACCAGCCUCUCCUCGGCCGCCAGAAUGGCUCUUCCACCUCGCCCUCCGCCUUCAAGCGCCGCAUGUGCGCGGACGUGAGCCGCGACUGGGCCGAUGUCGUCCUCAUCUUCUGCUACAUCAUCACCGGCCUCCUCGACAGCGCCGCCAUCUCCACCUGGGGCUCCUUCGUCUCCAUGCAGACCGGCAACUCCAUCUACCUCGGCCUCGGCCUCGCCGCUCCCACAGAAGGCACCCGCUGGAUCAAGUCGGGCGUCAGCCUGGGCUUCUUCUGCAUCGGCUCCGUCUGCUUCUCGGCCUUCCACCGCGCCUUCUCCCCGCGCCGCCGCUGGGUCCUCUGCGCCUCCCUCGUCUUCCAGACCGUCCUCAUCGCCACGGCCGCCCUGAUGCUCCAGCUGGGGCCCAAGUCCCCCAACCCGCAGACCGACAUCGGCUGGACCGAGCUCGUCCCCAUCGCCCUCAUCGCCUUCCAGGCCUGCGGCCAGGCCGUCACCAGCCGCGCCCUCAAGUACAACGCCCUCACCAGCGUCGUCCUCACCAGCGUCUACUGCGACCUCUUCUCCGACGCCCGCCUCCUCGCCGGAGACAACGUCGAGCGCAACCAGCGCCUCGGCGCCCCCGUCUGCCUCAUCUUCGGCGCCGUCGUGGGCGGGCUCAUCGCCCACACGAGUUUCAGCACCGCGGGGACGCUCUGGCUCGCCGCCCUGCUCAAGCUGGUCGUCGCGUUCACCUGGUUCGUCUGGCCCGCCGAGACGAAGUAAUCUUGAGAUUGGGGGCUUGCGUGUGUGUGUAUGUGUGUGUUUUGAAAGGGGCGGAGGGGGCGAAGAUGGUUGGUCGUUCAGGACUGCCCGUCCAGCUCAGAUGCAACUACAGAACACCCCCCCCCUUGCUUACACCCGAGAGGCCGCGAGG